GCUUCCCUCGUUAUAUCUUUUUCCCUUUCCUUGUUUGGGGUGUCCUUCAUUGGCUUUUCUGAGUUGUUGUGUCCUUCAUUGGCUUUUCUGAGUUGUUCUUAAUAUGGCAAUAUGGCUUUUCCUGGUGGCCUUGAAUUUGUCGGGGAGAUUGGUUCUUGGAGCCCCUCAGGUCCCGUGUUACUUCAUCUUCGGAGACUCGCUCGCCGACGAUGGCAAUAACAACAAUCUCCUCACCCUGGCCAAAUCGAAUUACCCACCUUACGGGAUUGACUUCUCCGAUGGCGCCACUGGAAGGUUUACCAAUGGCCGCACCAUCGUUGAUAUCAUCGCUCAGCUCCUGGGAUUUGACCAGUAUAUUCCACCCUUUGCCACUGCAAGAGGCAAUGAUACACUCCAAGGUGUGAAUUAUGCAUCCGGUGCAGCCGGUAUUCGCGAUGAAUCGGGACAACAACAGGGCGACAGAAUCAGCUUGAACCGUCAGUUGGGAAAUCAUUUGAUCACGGUCUCGCGCGUGAGAGAAAUACUAGGAGGGAAUGAAUCGGCAUACUUAAAUAAGUGCAUAUACACGGUAGGGAUGGGAAGCAAUGACUAUCUCAACAACUACUUCAUGCCUAACAUAUACCCAACGAGUAGUAUGUACACGCCCGAGCAAUAUGCGGAUGUACUGAUCAAGCAAUACAAAGAACAGUUGAAGACAUUGUAUGGCUAUGGAGCGAGGAAGGUGGCAGUCAUUGGAUUGGGUUUGCUGGGAUGCACCCCCGCAGAAAUAUCGAGAUUUGGCACGAAUGGCUCGGCGUGCGUGGACAAUAUCAACAAUGCUGCUGUCUUGUUCAAUAAUCAGCUCCAACCCCUCGUAAACGAAUUCAAUAGCAACUUCUCGGAUGCUAAGUUCACCUACAUAAACACGUUCGCGAUCUCAACCACUGGUCCUGGCACAGCUGGGCUAAUUUCAAAUGCGACCUGCUGUAAAGUGGACAAGGAACUGGGCACUUGCAUUCCCUACGAGACUCCAUGCUCGAACAGGACGAUAUACGUGUUCUAUGACGGAUUCCAUCCCACGGAGACAGUGAAUUUGGGGUUUGCUGCGAGGGCAUAUAACGCUUUGCUUCCAUCUGAUGCCUCCCCUUACGACAUUCGCACUCUCGCGAUGAUCUGAUCGAGGAGAUUGGGAUGAUAUUGGUCAGUGCGGAAGCAGUUAUCUACACGGCCGCCAACGUCUAAAUGCAUACGCUAUUGAAUAAAAUCUCCUGGAUAAUUCCAGUCAAAUAAGGUCACUGCUAUUUUAGAAUAAAAGCUGUUGUAAUUGUUGUUAUAAUUAUGGGUUUUAAUAGCUCAACAUUAGCAAGCGUCCCUUCAAUCGUUCUAUUGUAUUUUCUGAAUUUGAUAUUGUUAUGUUAUUAAGGGUUAAUGACUCAAUUAAUGUGAGCAUAUCCGACAAGAGUCUUGAGAUAUUGUCCUUUCAAUAUUCUGCAACUGUUUCCUUGUCUAUAUAUAGA